AAAACCAAAAGCAACACAGAAGAAAAACAUUUCUUUACUGUCUACUCUGUAAUUUCAUACACAGUUGUUCCAAGAACAUAUGACAAUGCUUAAGAACAAACGCAUAACCUUUUCACUGAUCUUCGUGUGUCUCGUGAUGGUGUCUCCAAUGGCUAAGGCUCAGCUGCUUGGUGGUCUAGGUGGCCUUCUCGGUGGUGGUGGUGGUGGUGGUGGUGGUGGCCUUCUUGGUGGGGUGGCCUAGGGGGCCUUCUUGAUUUUAGGUCUCAUCAAUAUUCAAGGCGUACUUCGUUGCUCUGCCAAUGGCAAUGUCUCCGCUCCUGCUUUCGUUAAUGCCGGCGUUCAGCUCCAGUGCGGAGGACAGAACAACGUCGUUUCAACGGCGACUACAAACGGUGCCGGAUUAUUCUCGAUGCUUGUAAACCCAAUACAGCUUGUGCUUUCUCAACUCCUCUCCGAUUGUCAGGUCGCAGUCACAACCCCUCUCGCCACCUGCAACGCCGCACUUCCUACCGGCCAACUCCUCUCAUCACCGUUGGCCCUCGUCGGAGAAACCGUCUCUGGUCUCCUCCGCGUCGCCAACCUCCGCCCCACUGGCUUUACCCUCGCUAAUUAGUGACUCCAAAUUAUACUUUAAGUUUGGUGACUGUACGUGUUGUUUUAUUUUGUGUCGUGACCAGUUUAUGUUUGCUUGCGUGUGGGUUACCCGUAUGCAUGAAUAAGGUCUAGGUUUGUGUCUCAAUCUUCAAAGUCGUGCACCUGUUGUCGCUUGUAUCUCCAAUGUUUGAUAUGUAUAAUGCUGUUAUGAAAUGUAAGAAAUAAUUUUCCGUCUUUAA